AUGUCUUCGCUCUUUCGAAUCGGUCAGGUUGUGAAAGGGCGUGCUAGCAAAUACACGAUCACGAAAGAAAUCCAAGAUACAGUGUGGUUUGCAAAAAAUCAUUUGCAGGAGCUUGUGGUGAUCAAGAGCGUUCUGGAUCACCCGCGUGUAGAGAAUGAAAGAAAUGUACUCAAAAGAUUUCAGCACCGCACCCCGUACCUCCGACCUUUAAUCGAUGAAAUUGACGAACCGUCUCUGCCUGUAACUAUCGCCCUCAGGUACUUGCAAGGAGAUCUUUUGGACGCGUCCGUUGCAAAAACUUUGAAUAGGAGAGAACUCAAAUACGUGUCGCGAUGCGUACUCGAGGCGAUAAAGACAUUACAUGAGGAUGGGUUCGUGCACACAGAUGUUAAACCAGAUAACGUGUUCGUUAAUCUGCAAGAAGGCGACAUUCGGUUUUCCGACGUCCAACUAGGCGACUUAGGUGGAUGCUUCCCCACUAACUCGGAGUGGGCUACAUCUGGCACUGUAGUGGGAGCACCGAUCUGGACAAGCCCAGAGAUUCUCAUGGAACUGCCAUGGAAUACUGCGGCUGACAUAUGGUCUUUCGGUGCUAUGCUUGUCAGCCUUAUCUACGGUGGACACUUUAACCUUUUCCAACCUAAGGGAUUGAAACGCGAUGACGAAGAGUAUGUGCUUGGGGUUGUUGAAGAGCAAUUCAAAUAUUUUGGUCCUUUCCCUGCCAAAAUCGCUGAGAUUGCAGACCCAGAAACGGUCCAAUCUAUUAUGUUGAUCAUGCGAAAUAUCCCUAAAGAGAAGACAACACCAUUUUCGCGAACUACCAAGAGCGAAAUAAACCAGAGAGACAACAUCUUUAUAUCAAAGAUAAUGAAACUCGAUUGGAGAGAUCGCCCAACAGCAAAAGAGUUACUAGAAGAUGAAUGGUGGAAUAACGACGCGGAAUGA